GGCCAGUCCAGGUUUGUGGCUCUUUCUACCGUUUGCUGCUUGUGUGUGAUAGAUUUGGUGCAAAAAAAUCAGCUCUGCCCGCUGUUUACAUCGGACUCCCGGAGGGAAACCGAAAGCAUACUGCCAGAAGUGAUCUCGGACGGUUGAAAUGGAGUCUCAGGGCAGAGACGAAGUUAAGGGACCAGUGCUGCACAUCGUGGUGGUUGGAUUUCACCACAAGAAGGGCUGUCAGGUUGAGUUCUCGUACCCCCCACUGAUUCCAGACGAGGGUCACGACAGCAACCUGCUGCCAGAGGAGUGGAAGUACCUCCCCUUCCUGGCUCUUCCUGAUGGAGCCCACAACUACCAGGAAGACACUGUUUAUUUUCACCUGCCGCCUCUCAGUGGAGACAUGAAGUGUGUCUAUGGGGUGUCCUGUUAUCGUCAGAUAGAAGCAAAGGCCCUGAAAGUCCGACAGGCUGACGUCACCAGAGAGACGGUUCAGAAGAGCGUCUGUGUCCUCAGUCGAGUGCCUCUCUACGGUUUACUUCAAGCCAAGUUGCAGCUCAUCACACACGCCUACUUUGAGGAGAAAGACUUCUCACAGAUCUCAAUCCUGAAGGAGCUGUACGAGCACAUGAACGGCUCCCUCAGAGGCUCCUCUCUGGAGGGAUCUCAGGUUUAUCUAGGUUUAUCACCAAGGGAUCUUAUCUUACACUUCCAACACAAGGUUCUCAUCCUCUUCAAGCUCAUUCUGUUGGAGAAAAAGGUCCUGUUCUAUGUGUCUCCUGUAAACAGACUGGUGGGAGCCCUGAUGACGGUUCUGUCACUUUUUCCAGGUGUGAUCGAACACGGCCUGGUGGAUUCUUCACACUACAAACCAAAGAGCAGCGUUUCAGACGAUAUGAGUGUGGUGGAGAGCGGCUCAGGAGCAGAGGAGUUUGUCUCUGUGUCCGUCACCGACAUCGCCAACACCACCAUGGAUCUGGAGCCCCAGCCAGCUGUAGAGUCUCUGUCCUCUGGGAACAGCACGGAGGGCGACAACAACCAUCUCAAAGCGCCCUCGCGGACAUCGCCGGAGUCCUCCGAGAGCGACUGGGAGACUCUGGAUCCCAGCGUGUUGGAGGAAGCAGCCCCCAAAGAAGCAGCCGGCGGUGGGCCGGAGCUGCAGGACGCCUUCGACUCCACAGCUGGGACGCCCAUCACAGUGCAGCCGCUGGGGGUGGGCGGUCAGGGAGGGGUCACCCAGGGCCUGGUGUCGGGUCUGGAAGAGGACCAGUACGGCCUGCCGCUCGCCAUCUUUACUAAGGGUUACCUGUGCCUACCUUACAUGGCUCUGCAGCAGCAUCACCUCCUGUCAGACGUCAGCAUUCGAGGCUUUGUUGCUGGGGCAACCAACAUCCUUUUCCGCCAGCAGAGGCACCUCAGUGACGCCAUCAUUGAUGUGGAGGAAGCUCGGGUCCAGAUCCAGGACCCGGAGCUCCGAAGGAUCCUGAGCCUGACCACAGCUGACCUGCGCUUUGCCGAUUACCUGGUGAAACACGUGACUGAGAACAGAGAUGACGUGUUCCUGGACGGGACGGGCUGGGAGGGAGGAGACGAGUGGAUCAGGGCUCAGUUCACCCUCUACCUGCACUCCUUACUCUCCUCUGCUCUACAGCAAGAUAAUGAGAGGCUGCUGGCGGAUUAUGGAGUGCCGUUCGUCGGAGCGUGGAAGAACACACACAACUUCCGCAUUUGGUUCAGCAACAAACAUCCUGGCAUGACAACAAUCACUCCAGGCCACCCGUUCCAGGGCCAGUACAGUGUAGCUGAUGUGAAACUACGACUCUCGCACUCUAUCCAGAACUCCACAAGUGGAAAAAAGAUCGGAAACGCCAUGAUCACAACCAGUCGCAGUAUGGUCCAGACUGGGAAGGCAGUGGGUCAGUCGGUUGGUGGAGCCUUGACGAGCGCCAAGUCUGCCAUGUCCUCCUGGUUCUCCACGCUGGCUCAACCUGCACCGGUAACCACAACCUCCGAUCCUGAACCUGCCACUGAGGUGAAGCCAUGACAGUCGGUGUCCACAAAUGCCCCAGUGACUCUUCCUGUCCCCUUAACCCUCUGACUGUGAAGCCUUAGCAUCGGUGGAAUGACAGAUGAAGGAAUCAAGCAGACAAACAAUCACUCAACCAUAAAACCCCGGCGGUGUCCCACCUCAGCCAGCAGAUCCUGGGCUGUGUUCAGCAGCAUUGUUUUAAUUGGAUGAAACUACAGCAAAGAAGGCAGCAAGUUUACUCUACAUCCCAUAAUCACUGCUUUGGAUGCAAAAACCAAACUAAGACAUUAGAGGGUUUCUUUUAAAAUGGACAGCUGCUCAAUGCUGCAGUUGGUGAUGCUGAAUAGGGGAUUUAAAGGCUGGGUUUGAGUUUGCCGAUUUCACUUUUGUGGAUUCAUACUUUACAGCUUUUCAAUAAUAUGCUGCAAAAUAAUUUAAAAUGCCUUGGAAGCAGGAUUCUUAAAGAAGUCUACAUUUUUAGAGAGAAUAGUUGUUUUUUUGGCUCAGGAUGUCUGUCAUUGUUUCUGUUGUAACACUGUGGUUGUUUUAGUGAAGUGAAUUUUUAUAAAAUAUUAGUGUAAUGUUUAAUGUUUAUAAUAGAUUCAUUAUGUAACCAGAUAAAAAAAGGGGCUAAACAGAUAAGAUUUCUGCGAAACUAAAAAGUUACUGACACUCGGAGAAUAAAGGAGUUUAAACAAGUUUAUCAAUAAAAAUAUUAAGAUUUUAUUUAAACAAUUUUGAUUUAGGCAAACUCGGAUAUCAAUACAAUUUUUCUCCUCUUAGACUAAUUAUAAGAAAUGGGGCAAAGAUUAGAAAUAAAAAAAAAAAACAUAAAUUAGCAGAUUUCCUAUAUAUAACCAUAUUUCACUCUUUCAGCAAACAUUUAAUACAUUCAGUGUUGAAUAAAAAAAGAGUUAGGGUUAGCUAUCAUUAGCAUUAGUUCUCUGGCUAAAAUGUUGAAUAGUUAAGCUAUUUUUUUAUGUAGCAAGUUCUAAAUAUGAAUCAGUUAGUAGAUAUAAGAAAAAAGGUUUAUUUGCUCAAAAAUAUUUUUGGCUAACUUUCAAAUGCUAACCAUUUUUCUUCCUAAAUUUAACAUGUUUUUUAUGUUUUGUUUUUUUUAGCUUGGGGAAAUUAAACUAAAAUGUUAAAUCUCCACAUAAAGUAGAUUUUCUAAUAUAUAUAUUCUCUCCCAGAGUUUUCCCUAUUUUUUUUUUUUUACUUGGUCAUUCUUUUAAUCAAAUAAUUAAGCCAAAAUCAAUAAUUUUAGGUAAAUCAUUUCCAAUUUUAUCUAUCUGUCUUUUAUAUUACUUUGCAACUCAAUUUAAAGUUAAUUAAAACAUAGUUAAUACGUGUUAGGCUCUAAAAAUCUGAACUGUUUGCUUUAAUUAUCCAAAUAUUAGCUUCCCCCUUUUUUUGAUGGCUAGCAAAAACUGACACCAAUGCUAACGGUUUUAUUUAGGACAACAAGUUUCCUGAUGUACUGGAUAUUAUAGUUAUUG